GCCGAACGCGUCUGACAACAACAGGCGUGUUCGGCUGAAAGUCGCCGGUUAACAGGGUCGCCUGUUUAACCGAAACACCAGCAUGCUAUAUAAAAAGGCAUGGGCUGAAACAUGCGGGCCCUCUGCGAUUUAAACAUCACGGUUGGAAAAGGCUCGAGCAGCGUCCAGACGUUCGGAUGCCCAGCGCAUUGCCAGAGAGGCUUCAACAAACACGACUCAGACACGAGUGUGGUGAUCAGCAUGGUGCAGCUUUGUCCUUCCCAGAGUCUAAGUGUCACCCCUCCACCUGAGUGCACAGAAGAGGGGCAGGAAAGACAGGAGCACCUGCUGGUGGCUGAUCACCCGACUGUGUGCUCACCCAGUGGUCUCCUUGCCCUGCAGCUCAGCCUAGAGACCUCCACUGUCUACUAUGGCUAUGACUCCUAUAUAGAAGAUGGGCUCAUCUGCCUCAAACACAAAGUCCGUAAUUUGGAGAAAAAGAAGCUGAGACUUAAAGACUACAAGAAGAGGCUGAACUGGGGUGAGGAACUUAACAAGGAUCAGAUGGAGGCUGUAGAAAAGUACGAGGAGGUGCUGCAUCAUCUGGCAUUUGCACGGGAGCUCCACAAAAGCCUGGAUGUCUUGACUCAGGAUUUGCUGAGAGCCCAGAAGAAGGCAAUGAGAAAGGAGCAAGUGGUGAAGGAGGAGACCGAGAGGCGGCAACUGAGUACUGUGCUGCAGAUCCAGCACCUCCUCCUCUGCAUGCAGCAGGAGCACGUUAAAAGAGACCUGCUGGCUGGACACAACCAGGCGCCACACAUUGCAGCCCAAAAGCUGCAUUGCCUGAAUCAGCUUGCUGCCCUACUGGGGUUCAAGAGGGAUAACGGACUGAGUUUAGAGGAGCAGAUGGAGCAAGCGGCUCUGGCCUAUUUGGACCUGCUUGAGGGGAAAGACGAGCCAGUGGCUGGAGCCACAUUUAAGUUUUUCAAAGAAGAGUUCACCAGGCUGUUGAACUGCAAGUACUUCAGUUGUCUCCCACGUCCACCCAACAAGUCUCAAGAGGUGUUACUGAGGUCAAACAGCCACAGCACCGCGUCAAAACCAAAGGAAGUUCCUAAGGAGUUUUUUAAUGGACUGUACCAGAGUGAAACGGAGACUGCUCCUACUGAGAACUGGAAGGCGGACUUCCAAACAAGGGAGCGGGAGCCUCCGGACUACUGGGACAUGGAGUUUUCAGAUGGACCUGGCUCACUCCAAGCUGCAGUCCACAAACCAUGGAGAGGAGCUGACACUUUUAUGCCCAAGGUCACAGUCAACACCAAGAAACAACAUAUUGACUACAAUAAGAGAAAAGAAACUGGGGCCAAAAGCAAGCAACUUGCCAAAUCGGCUGUUCACUUGGGUAUGCCUGUGGAAGUUUUCAGCUCUCCAUAUGCCUUACCCAAAGACCCUGUACUGAGGAAGCAGCACCUCGAGGACUUCAUGACAAAGAUCCAUGGCUCCUUCAGUUUUAUGCAGGAUUCUCUUCUGGAUGGUGAUAUUGCCCUUACUAACGACCAUCAAGGACUGAAGAGACUGCCGUCUGGGUCUCCAUUGCCUCUGGAUCACACGGACUUGAGAAGCCCAGUUGCUAUCCUGCCCAAAUCAAUGCAUUCCACCCCACUGCCUACCAGGCUUCUGGAGCGCAAAACCAGUCUGACAAAUGAGGAUCGGUGCCUGGAGAUCUGUGACCUGACGCUUUCCUCAAACCUACCUCAUAUCCCAUUAACUGAGUCAAGGAAGCAGGCACCCUGUAAUGGGGUGGCAUCUUGCACCGCCACCUCCCCUCAGGGACAAACUUUCUCUACACCCCCCAACAGGCGAACUCUGACAUCUGCCCAUUUUCAGAACAUCCAGCCAGUCUUCAAGGUGACUGCCUCCUUACCUCAGAAUGGGGAAUUGAACUACAAACCAGACUCUGACGUUUUUGAUAAGCCCAGGUAUAGCAUUGCCAGUACCCAAACGCCACCUGAGUUUGCUCCCUCAGAAGACGAACCACAGCUGAUGUAUCAGUCUGACUAUACGGUGGGUAACGGUGGACCGAUCUUCCUGUCCCCUGGCCAGUCAGGUGGAUGUCGUCCCAGCGAGUCGUACUACACCAGAGCAUCUGUGAGAGGAGGAUCCUACACCCCCCAGACGGCUCUCAGGGACUCUGGCCCUCUCCUCUAUGCUGCUAGAGACUCUGGAUAUCAACACGGCUACAGACGCGGAGGAGGAAGGCAUAACUCGAGUGCAGCCUGGAGUGACUCUUCACAGGUGAGCACACCAGACCGAGAGGCAGCUUUAACAAUUGUGGACUCGGGUCAUGGGGAUUCCCUGUCGGUCUCCACUGUGGAGGUCCCUCUGACUCCCCAUGGCCACCAUCACACCCUGCUUCCCAUGCAACUCUACCCGCUCUCCCAGCCGCUUAGAGUGGCCUUCAACGCCUCUCGUACUGCCAACUUCGCCCCCGGAAACCUGGACCAGCCCAUCGUGUUUGACCAGCUGCACAGCAACCUAGGGGAGAUGUACGACCCCCACAUUGGCCGCUUCACCUGUCCUGUCAAUGGAACCUAUGUCUUCAUCUUCCACAUCCUGAAGCUUGCCAUCAACGUGCCACUCUACAUUAACCUCAUGCGCAACGAAGAAGUCAUGGUCUCUGCAUAUGCCAACGAUGGAGCCCCAGAUCAUGAGACGGCCAGCAACCAUGCCAUCCUGCCUCUCUUCCAAGGAGACCAGGUGUGGAUCCGGUUGCAUCGUGGUGCCAUCUAUGGCAGCACCUGGAAGUACAGUACUUUCUCUGGCUUUCUGCUGUACCAGGAUUGAACUUUAGUCAAACGGCUCCCGUCUUCAUUACUAAAUGUGAUUAAACUGACAUUUCAGUAUUGUGGUUCUUGACAUAAAGAAAAUGUAUUUGAUUCUCCAUGAAUGUGUUGUUCAUGAUUGUGUUGUCCAUGAGACUGUAAUAUGAAUGCAACUGAUAAAAUGUUGUCUUGCUGUACAUCAACCAAUAGCAUAUUACCGGUUCAGCCCACAGGUCACUGAUUUUGGUGAGAACUCUAAUGUAAUGUUGUGAAUUUGUGCCUUGUUUUCUGAAUGGCUUUGGCUGACUGAUCAGAUGUUAAAUGGCUAAUGAACUGGAAUUGGCUGAUUUAUCUAAUGGAUUAUAAUUGACUCAGAAUUGCACUUGUUGGGCUAUGCAGUCAGUCAACUUGCAGAAUGUGAAGCUGAGAGGACUGUUCUUGGUGGUGGGUAUGGUGUUGAAUACUUGAGGCUAAAUUGGUUCAUUGGACUACUGUUGUGAUAGAUGGUCCCUUGAUGUGCCUGAAUAAAAAAAUGAGCAGCGA